CUGCAGCUUCCUCAAACACCAAUACAUAAUAUAUUGCCCCUUCACCUCCAAUCCGGGAAAACAAGCCUGCGUUAAAAAUGUCGCAGAUACUCCAAGUCGUUCUCAAAACAACUCUCGCCCUAAUCGAGCAGUUCCAAGUCUCUCUAACCACGACUCAACCCAACCCCGGACCCGUGACGAGUGAAGAGAACCAAAACUCAGAUCCCCUUCCCCUCCUCUCAAUAUCAUCAACGGCACUCAAAUCUCAUGUCACGAAACUCUCACUACUGGCGAUCAAUUCCCCGUUCACACCCUCUGCGGUAGCGAAGACGCUUUCGACUCUUAACGAGUCCGUUCUCCCGUCUCUGGUUACAGCCGCACUCCUUAUAACGCCAGAGUCUCAUACGAGGGCGUUUCAAAGCGAAAUCCGCGUUCUGACAGGUACAGCACUGAAGGAGCUGUCUUUGUUGGUUAAAGAAGUGCAGCUCAUUGCGGAGGAAAAGGCUGAUAAGAGAAGCCUGGAACAGGCGGAAAAGGAUGCAGUCACAGCGGUGACGGGGCGGGUCUGGGAUGCUUGCGAUGUACUUGUUGAUGUUGCCGCGAAGGGGGUUGUCGGCUUCGUGGUCAGAAGGGCACAGGAGUAUAGAGACUUGGUUCGAGAUGCGGUGGAAGAGAUUGAGGAGUGGGAUCCGGAUGAGGAGGGUGAUGAGUUUUUCGAUGACCUCCUAGACAAUGGUGAUGAAUAUGAAGCUGGGUCUGGUGACGACGAGGACGAGGGAAGUGACGACGGAGAAAGCAGUGCUGCGCUACAUGCACGGAAAAAGAGUGCGCUUCGAAUCUUGAAGCCUAUUGCCCAAAUCUACCCCGCUCUCAUUGCGAACCGUCUGGAGAGAGUGCCCGUUCCAUUAGCACCGUCGAAUAUUGGAAUUCUAGACUCAAUGUUGAAAAGUUUACAGCAGAUUCCGGAUCAUAUCGACGAGGUGGCUGGAGCGUUAUACGAGGCAGAUUUUGACAAAUUUACGCGGCAACUUCGGAAAACCAAAGAAAGUGCCUUCAAUGCUAUCGAGUUGGUCGUUCUGCCUUGGGAUCUGAAGCAGACUGCCAACGAUCAGGAAAACCAGGGGGAUAAGUUUACCGCAUGGUCAAAAACGUGGACCAAAGUUAUCGAGGAAGUCAGCAAGUCUAUCGACGUAUAA